CUCACCUGUGCUCGUGCUCACUCGCUUUCAAACGAGCGGUCCCUUCAUUAGUAACCUCAUAAAGCAUCAUGGCAUCUUGUCAGCUGUACGGUUGAACGCGUCAGUCCUGUGAGCUCGCCGUGCACGCGCGUCCUUGGGUUGUUUUUUAUUGUCUUGUCGUGGGGUCAGUCGGAGUGAUAUCAGCAUGAGAGCAGUGUCCUUAAGGCGGCCGAUCCUCAUACUGGGGGGGAUGGGGCUCGUCCUGUUCGUGAGCGCGUUUCUAAAGAAUGGAUAUGAGCAUGCGGCGGAGGCUGGCAAAGAGGUGGGCACACCGCGGAUGGUCCGGAGUUUUUCUGACCUGGAGACAAGUAUCAACAAUCUCUACAAUGUCAUCAAAGUUUUUGAGCAAAAGCAGGACACCAUGCAGAAAAUGCUCGAAGAGGACAGAGACAGAUGGAGGAAAGCUGUAGAGGUCAAACAGCCCCCCGUCAAAGAGCAACCUGAAGCAAAGAUCGAGGACCAGAAGGAGGCCCUUGUAGAGCAAAAGUCAAAGAAACUGUUCCCCGACUCUGCCCUAUUCAAGGAGUGGGGGGAAAACCUGUCAGAGGAUGACCAAAGAGAGGCACAGGGUUUGUUUGAGAAGUACGGAUACAACGUGUUUCUCAGCGAUCGCCUUCCUCUAGACCGAGCUCUCCCAGAUACGAGGGAUCCAAGGUGUUUGAAAAAGACUUACCCAAAGGACCUGCCAACUGUCGGAGUGGUCCUGAUCUACCUGAAUGAGGCCCUGUCUAUCCUCAAAAGAGCUCUGCGCAGCAUCAUCGACCGCACCCCUAAAGACCUGCUGAAGGAGAUAAUAUUGGUGGAUGACAAUAGCUCUAACGAGGACCUGAAGGGGGACCUUGACGCGUACGUGAAGUCGCUUGAGCAGCAGAACCCAAGUUUCCGUAUUAUAAGAGUGAGGCACAGUGAGCAGCAAGGCCUUGCAUACGCCAGGGCCUCUGGGUGGAGGGCAGCUUCUGCUGACGUGGUGGCCAUCCUGGACGCGCACAUCGAAGUCCAUGAGCAGUGGGCUGAACCCCUGCUGACACAGAUCAAAGCUGACCGAACUGUGGUAACGUCCCCUGUGUUUGACAGAGUCAACUUUGACGACCUCAAGGUCAUUCGCUAUGGUCCAGCAGCACACGCCUUCGACUGGGCUUUGUGGUGCAUGUAUGAGGGUUUUUUGGACGACUAUUACAAACUCAAAGACGACUCGUUGCCUGGAAAGAGUCCAUCUGUCAUGGGGAUUCUAGUUGCUGAUAGGAAGUUUUUAGGAGAAAUUGGAGUCCUUGAUGAAGGAAUGAAAGUGUACGGCGGAGAAAACGUUGAGCUUGGAAUUCGUGUGUGGACAUGUGGAGGCAGUGUUGAAGUAGUUCCAUGCUCUAAGAUCGCCCACAUUGAAAGAGCCCACAAGCCCUACAUGCCUGACCUGGCCCCAGCCAUGAAGAGAAACGCCCUGAGGGUAGCAGAAAUCUGGAUGGAUGAAUACAAACAUAACAUCAACUUGGCUUGGAACUUGCCAUUUGAGAAUCACGGAAUUGACAUUGGGGAUGUCUCCGAGAGGAAGAAACUCAGGGAGAGGUUAAAGUGUAAACCUUUCAAAUGGUACCUGGAAAAUGUGUAUCCCAAGUUGGAUCCCUGGGAUGACCUACUUGGCUAUGGUGGUAUGAAGAAUCUUGAUGCUGACAUGUGCAUAGACCAAGGCCCAGUGCCAGGUCACACACCCAUUGCCUAUCACUGCUAUUACUACGGACCUCAAUACACUUACUAUCGCUCAACCGGUGAGCUGUAUAUCGGCGGCUUGAAGUCCCACAAAUACAAUGACAACCGGUGUUUAACGGACAUUGGGCAAAAAGAAACGGAGCCUGGCCUUUACAACUGCAGAGAGGCUAUGCAGAAAGGAAUGGGGAUUUAUUGGGACUUCACACAGGGCAAAGAACUGAAGAACAAACAGACAAAAAGAUGUCUGGAGAUUAUAAACGGCAAACUUCUAAUACAGGAAUGCUCUGGCCAACAAUGGGAGAUCCAAAACAUAAUCAAAGCCUUUUAAAGUGUUAAAGUGUGUGUGUGUGUGUGGUGGGGCAACAGGAAAUGCACUUCUGUGCUUAUAGGUCAGUGGAUGAUAUCACCUGAAUGAAGUCAAUGAAAUGUGACGAUGACUCUUGUAAUUAUUAUUUAUUUGUAGGUUCUCUUUUUGGCUUGGAAAAAGGUGCAUAAUUGACUUGGUAAAUUUGCUCAUCUUAUGAAUCGACCUGAAGGCUGCACAUGAUAAUUAUUUGAACUAUGUAUUAAAUUGUAAUUUUAUAAUCUUUGGCCAUACUAAAUUGAAGCAUUAAAAUUGUCAAAAAAUGCCAUGGUUUUCGAUUUACAAGAGCAAAACAGAAAGUUGAGCAAAUCCCAUAUUAUUGUGGUUCUAUUCCUUUCAUGCUUCAUGAUCCAAAUGUAUGAUUAUGAUCAUUAGUCUGUCUGUUCCUGCUGUGGUGAUCAGAUAAAAUGUGUGACUUGUCAGGUUUUGUUACCAUGGAUACAAACUCACUCUUGUUCUCAGAUACAAAGAAGUUUCAUGGAGUUGAUGCUGUUAAGUGCAUGACUCUGGCUGGUGAUGCACCAGCAGUUCACCAGUGUGUCUUUAGUACAGGUUUUCUGUGGAAAAGAUCAUUCCUGGGACCACAUUAAUGCACCACAUCUUACCUCAGGCUGCUUAUAAAGAAAACGCCACCAUUUCACACCUUAGAGAUGCAAGUUAAUCCUUUUCCCGCCCUCAAUUAUUCCACUCAGGUACAUCAAAUAUAAUCUGUCCAAGCACUAAAGCUAAGCAAAUGUUUGGAUUUUCUUGGGAUUAAAUUUGGAGUGCAGUGACAAAUAUUUCCUUAAUCAUAAAACAGACACUUUUAGUCAGAUGCAAUUGUUUUUGUUGUACUCUGAUGAAAUGUAACUUUCAGAUUUUAGUGCUAUAACAAUUUGUCAACUCUUACAAAUGCUACAGCUGGAAGCAUUUUUAUGCAGUUGGGUGAAUAUGAGGUUUGAAGCAAGUUUUUCAUGUGUUACAGAAAAAGGCAAACACAAACCACAAGGCGAGGGAAAAGUAAAUGAAGUAAAGGGCAACAAAGGUGUAAAAAUAGUGGAUUAAGAAAAUAAUGAACAGGCUCAUCAAUGAGUAAACAUCAGUGUGCGUGCAUAGAGUCAGGUUCAACAGUAAAGAGGUCGUGUAGUUCACGGGGCUGUGGGUUGUGCUGAACUGGAUAACCAAGUCUCCCUCUACAAAGACUCCUUUGUGGAUGUACAGUGUUGUCUGUUUGUCUUUUUGUCUUAACCUUUGUAAUUCUAAGAACUUCUGGAAGAGUCAACAGUUAAAGUAACUGACUGUUGAUUAGCACUGGCCAUUCACUUUUAAAUAUACCCUUUGUGCUUCACCAUUAAUUUUGUUAUAUAAAUUACAACAGACAUCUGACUGAAUGGUUGUUGUUGGGCAACUGACAGACAUAUUGUAAAAAAAAAAAAAAAAAAAAGCUCUGUCUUGAGGUAUGCAUUUAAAAAAUAACAUGCAAUUGUUAGUCUAAUUAUGUGAGUUGUGGUUGGGUGUGUUAAUAAUGUCCUGGUGUCAGUGGAAAACUAAGGUCCCACUUGUGUAAAACAGAUGGCACCUUUGAAUGUAACUGUGUAUUAAUUAUUUUGAGUGUAUAAGUGAUCUUGGUGUUUUGUUGAGACUGCAACGUGUUGUAUAAUAAUCUACAGCCCUAAUCUCUCCUGGAGAACUUUACCUCUAGUGUCAAGGAAAGGGGUCGCUAUAUUUGGGAGUUGGGUUAUGGAUUUGCAGACGGGGGAGGCCAACAAAGUUUUGUUUUGUUGUGCUGAGACAAAGGCUUAUGUUUACAUUUUUUUUUAUCAUAAUUUGGAAAUAAAAUGUUUAUAAAACUGGCUGAUGUUUGAAUUUAUAGUUCUAGCCUAUCAGCUCUAAAAGCUGCAGCUCAACAUACAUGCUUGUAUAGCUCAGUUGUAUGUUUGUGUUCAUUAGAAGUGAAGAGAUACACUCUCAAAGGUCAUCCUAGAAGGGUUCACUGUCACCACCAACAUACUUUCAGAGAGUGAAGAAUCAUUUACUCUGCACAGACUGUCAUAUGGAGGAUCUAGUUUUCCUUCUGGGCACAGACAGGAGGCUGAUCAGCAGGUUAUAAUACACUAACCUUUCAAUCAGUGAGCUGUCCUGUGACAUUAGAAACUGCAUGAUUUUAUUAAGUCAUAUAAUGUGUGUGUGAUCAUCUUUGUUGGGGGACAUAAAACAACCAGCACCAUCUUUUCCAACAGCUUUUAAAGAAGCCAGAUGACUGAGGACGAAUGGCUGUAUGUAGAAGAAUCUUCAUAACUGAUCAGUUGAGAAAUCUUCAGGAUACAUGCUACAGCUGACCGCUUUAUAAAUACGACCUGGUGUAGUGCUGUUAUGGAAGAACUGAAGGCAUUUUGUCAGAGGCUCAGGCUGUUCCCAGGAAAUAUGUGGAACAAAGUCCUUUUUUGUUAUUCUUCAAGCCAAUACUGGGGCUAAAGGAGCCACUUAACUCAAGAGUUUGUCACUGGUAAAAUCUUAAAUAUCUACAUCUCUCUGGAAAAUAAAAAUAAUAUAAAUACUGAAAUAUGGCCUGAUGACGGCUCUAUAGGAAAGGUUAGGUGUCACACACAUGCACUAUCACUUAAAUUUUCACUUGACUGUGAUAAUACAUGGAAGUUCAGGGGUUUACUAGAAUCAAACAGUCUUAAGUCUGGAGCCUGACCAACACAUCAGCAAGGCUGAUAAUAUCAACCAGUUUCAACUUAUUACAGAUACACUGAUGUCUGCAAUUUUGUCUGACAGUAAGUACCAAGUUGCACUACAGACAUGCCGAAGAUAGGCUUCAGAUAACCUACAGACAUUGUUGCUUUUGUUAUCAUGGUCACAGAUCUUUAACAACCAAAUUUCCUCAGUCUUUUACAAUAUGGGUGCUGACGCUCGGCAUGGGAAGUAUGAAAACUCAAGACUAAUUUGGCAAAAAGAUCUAAAUUGUAACAUUGAGGUGCAUGCAUGGAAACAUGUAAUAAAUACAAGAUAGUAUUGUUGAUGUCAGUGGUAAAUUUACACACAAGAUCUUUUAAACAUACUAUUUUGUACAAAUAAGGCAUAAAAUGAUACAGAACAACUUAUGUUGGAAGUGUAGCAUAGAGGCAGGUACCUCCUUACAUUCAUUGUGGGAAUGUUCUUUGGUUUCUCUGUUCUGGAAAGAGGUUAUUGGAAAAUUGGAUGGAAAAAAAAUAUCCCUACCAGAAUCUCCCCAAUUUUGUCUUCUAAGAGACAGAUCAGAGUUAGCACCAGGAAUAUCUCAAGCAGAAUUUGGUUUGGCACUUACAGGCUUCAUUACUGCAGCUAAAAUAUUCCUCACCACUGGAAGAGCAUGAAUCAACCAGACUUUUCUGACUGUGUUUAACUGGUUAUGCUGUCUUUGAAUUGAUGACAGUUGGGUUAAAUGAUAACAAAGGAAAUUUUUUUACCAAGAUGUAAAGGGAGGAGGACGUUUUAUUUAACGUCCUUAAAUUGGGGAUAUGUGGGAAUGGGACACUCAAAUGAUGAUGCACUUUGCUGUGUUUAUGUGCUGAGAUAUAUAGAUAAAUAUACUGUAUAUUUACUUUUAUGUAUCUGUAUUUGUUUUAACAAUGUUGUAUUGU